AUGGCAGCAGCAGCCAUCGUCGACGAAGUUCGUGGAGAAAAGGCGCAAAGUGAAGCUGAGGACAAGGCGCUACGUAGUCAGGAUGACCACGCGUACAACGAAGCAUUGCAGACGCUCACUUCACCGGCCUCCAAGCGCAGUCUGAAGCCCUCGCCCAUCGUGGCAAGCACGCAGCAGAACACCUCGCUCGUCCCGUCCGCCGAACUGCCCAAGAUCCAACCCGCCAUCACGGCGCCGCAAGAAUCCUCCGUACCGGCAACGCAACCGCCUUCGCCGGCCGGUGCACGCAAGCGCAAGUCAGUGAGCAUCAAGGACUCGUCCGACCAGAUGGCGAACGCCUCAACAACGGCAGGCGCGGCAGAGAAUGUAGAGCCGCCGCAUGCCGCCGAUACUGAAGCACCUGCGCUGGAACCAAAGGCAAAGAAGAGCCGGACCAACACACCGUGGACGCCUGCAGAGGAGCAGAGGCUGAAGCAGAUGAGAGACGCUGGCCACAGCUGGAGUGAGAUAGCAAAGACAUUUCCUCAACGAACGGAAGGAAGCGUUAAGAAACACUGGUACAAGGAUAUGCACUAUGCCGAGUUUGGGGAAAACGAGAGUGCAGAACUACUGGCUGCGAUUAAGGAGUACGAUGCGAACAAAUGGAAAGUUGUUGGCCAAAAGGUCGGCAAGCCGGCAAAGGCAUGCGAGCAGUAUGCGAAGGAGCACUUUGGCGGGAGAGUCUAA